AUGCAGAGUUUGCAAUUAUUCGUCGUAUCCAAAAAGAGUCUUUCCCUAACGAAGAAAGAAGCUAUUCAUCGAAGUUCCCCGCUGAGAUGGUUCACCCCGCACAUAUCAUCGGACGGCCUAAUUCGUGUUGGAGGGAGAUUAGGUAGAUCACUGGAAUCGGAAGAUACGACGCACCCGAUUGUGCUUCCAGCAAAAUACCCGUUCACUACGAUGCUAUACGAAUACUACCAUAUCAAGCUUCUGCACGCCGCCGGUUCUCAACUACUUCUUAGUACAGUUAGGCUGAAGCAUUGGCCUCUUGGAGGCAGUAAUAUACCGCGACAAGUUGUACAUAAUUGUAUGAAAUGCUUCCGCUCGAAAUCAAAUACAAUUGAGCAAUUUAUGGAUCGUUUCCUUCAAGCCUUACGGCGGUUCAUAGGAAGAAGAGGCUACUGUUCCGAUAUCUAUUCGGACAAUGGAACGGAUUUCGUCGGAGCACGGAGCUACCUUCGAGAGCUACUAAAGUUGCAACGCAGUGAUCAACAUAAAGAAGCAGUUAAGAAGGAGUGUGCCAACAACCAUAUCCAAUGGCACUUCAUAACACCAGCCGCGCCCCAUUUCGGAGGACUUUGGGAAGCAGCGGUCAGAUCAGCCAAAAAACAUCUCCUGAAGGUUCUAGGGGAAAAUCCUAUCCCGUUCGAAAACAUGACUACGCUCUUGGUACAGGUGGAAAAUUGUCUCAACUCGAGACCAAUGACAGCUUUAACAGAUGAUCCUGACAACCUCGAACCCCUAACACCAGGACAUUUCAUUAUUGGAGAACCAUUCCAACAGCUGCCUAAAAGAAGUUACCGUGAAGUACCUAUGAACCGAUUAAAUCAGAGCCAGACGUUGCAGAAGAGGCUUCAACAUUUUUGGGAUCGUUGGAGAGUUGAGUACUUGACACAACUUCAGGGGCGGAAUAAAAGAUGGAAGAAGCCGAUUGAUGUUGAAGCUGGACAGUUGGUGAUCAUCAAAGAGGAUAAUUUGCCGCCAAGUCGUUGGAAGAUGGGCAGAAUAGAAAAGGUACACCCUGGAACUGGUGGAGUCGUGAGAGUUAUAACCUUGAAAACAGCAUCAGGACCUUCUACGCGACCGGUAGAAAAACUUUGUUUUUUGCCAGCAGCAUCUCAAUCAGAAGACAAUCAAGCUUAG